GUACUACUGAGUAGUGUACGAGUCGAGUCGGACUCGCCGUACAUGUACCCGGGCCCGUACCCCUGUGUAGGUUUCCUUAUUAAAAGGCUACGUACGUUAGCAUACGCAACUUCAUAAUAAUAUAUUGCCGAUCUUCAGAAUGGAUGUUUGAAGAAUGAAGCAGUAAGGAUUACAUGUAGCUGACGAGUGACGAAUGCGAGUACAUGUUCUUGAGAUACAGCAGUUUGUGCAUCUCUUUCUGCUGUAAUCUUCAUGUCAUGGAUGAAGUCAGAGGUCAAAGUUGAGUUUCCAUCCCUUUGCAAGAACUGAGCAGUUUGGUGGAGUAUGGACAGCUGGAAACCAAACCCCAAGGCUCAACCGUUUAUUCCUAGGAGGCACCACAGUUUCUGUACAAGGGGUCAGUUCUUCAGAAGACUGGGCUCCAAAUUUUUUCAGUUUAUUUUGGUUGGUGUUCUGAUGACCACAGUCAUCAUCAAUAUCUUGUUCAUUGCUGACACUGGACGAAGGCUCAGGGAGGUGCAAUCUGAGGGAGGAGUUCAAGAUGAAGUGGUGGAGACAGAUUUGGUUUCCAAUGGCAACACAUUUGAUAAACUUCCCCAUCAAUUGGAAAUAGAGGUUCUGUCUAGUGACAAGAAGGCUGCAAUAUCUGUAGGGGGUACUCAGGUUGUAGAAGAGGAAGAGAAAGAUGUUGGGAGGGGCAUUCACAUCUUAGUACUAAACCAAGCCACUGGUAGUGUCAUGGCUAGGCGUGUCUUUGAUACCUAUGUGGCACAUGAAGAUGAGGCUAUGGUGUUGUUUCUUAAUAUGGUGUCUGAUGGAAGGAUACUGAUAUUCACCAUUAAGGAUGAGGGUACAUUUCAGCUAAAGGAAUCGGCCCGUGCAUUCCUGAAGACCCUUGGUAGUAGAGAUGCUGAAAAGAUGGGCUGGCGGGAUACUUGGGCAUUUGUGACUCAGAAGCAGAGGAAGCAUGGUCAUGCAUUUGCAGAGAUGCACAACAAAGCAGUUGACAUGAAUCAUUGGGGUUCUCCAGUCAUACUUAAGACUACCAUCAACCUUAUGUCAGUCAAAGAGAGUGAAUGCAGUUGGCCCGAUACAGAAGCAAAUCAAAGGAGACGUACCUUCUGUGAUCAACUGGAAGGAUAUGGAAGUCUUUGUUCCUGUGAUGCCCCAGCUCCUAUUGAAAUGAGACCAGAACAACUUAAGAACAACACGAUGUGGAAUAUUCCAGUGGUUGUAAUUGCCAGUAAUAGACCAAACUACUUGUAUCGUAUGCUGAGGUCACUUCUCUCAGCUCAUGGAGUGAAUCCCAAAAUGAUCAAUGUCUUCAUUGAUGGCUACUUUGAAGAGCCACUGGAGGUGACCAGACUAUUUGACCUCAAGGGAAUACAGCAUACACCAAUAGGAUCCAAGGCUGGCCGGAUAAGCCAACACUACAAGGCUAGCCUUACGGCUACAUUCUCUAUGUACCCGAAUGCCAAGUAUGCAAUCAUUUUGGAGGAAGAUCUGGAUGUUUCAGAAGACAUAUUUAGCUAUUUCAGUCAGACAAGUUACCUACUUGAAAAGGAUGAUAGCCUGUAUUGUAUAUCAUCCUGGAAUGACCUGGGUUAUGAGCAUACAGUUCAUGACCCUGCUCUGCUGUACCGUGUAGAAGGUAUGCCUGGUCUUGGCUGGUUGCUGAAGCGGUCACUGUAUAAGGAGGAGCUAGAACCUAACUGGCCCACACCAGAAAAGGUUUGGGACUGGGACAUGUGGAUGCGAUCACCCCAGGUGCGCAAAGGACGAGAGUGCAUCAUACCAGAUAUCUCCAGGACAUUUCAUUUUGGAGCUAGUGGUCUCAAUAUGAAUAGUCAUUUUCAGGAAAUGUAUUUCAAGAAGCAUCCUUAUAACACAGUGCCUCAUGUGAAGCUAAAAAACCUGGAAGGACUGACAAGAGAAGCGUAUGAAGACCUGAUGCAUGGGUUGAUCAGCAAGGCAACCGUGCUAGAUCACUCCUUAAAUCCCUGCGAUGAAGAACAUUUUAUACCAUACACCAAGGGCAAAUCUUAUGUCAUGUACAUCCAAAUGUACACUGACAGUGACUUUGAAACAUGGCUUGCUCUUGCAAGGUGCUUCCGUAUUUGGGAUCUGGAUGCCAGGAAUGUGCACAGAGCAUCAUGGCGACUAUUCAUGAAAGAAUCCCCAUUAUUUAUUGUUGGCUUCCCUGCAUCACCGUAUGCGAAAUACAAACCUGCUGAUGUGCAGCCCAUCUACCUGAAGAAAGAAACCAAGACCAAAUUACGCUGAGUUAGUACAGAUUUGUAGUGUGAAACUCUGCUCCAGUCUAGUAAGCUGUACCAGUGUGCCUCCUAUAGGACAGUCAAUCAGUCUAGCUUUGCAGGACAGCGUGGUAAUUCUCACCCUUGCUCUACCGUAACCUAGAGACGAUAUCAAGCCCAGACUAAGCCACCAACACCAUCCUCCAAUUGAAGUGAGUGUUGUGAAUUGGUGAGGCAGUGAAGUCCUUUCCUUGUACUGAAAUGAACAGUGACUCAGGACUUUGAAAGCUCUGACACAGGCAUAAAGGAAUGUAAUAAACGCUUGAGUCUUGAGUCCUGCAGCACAUACUUGUUCAUUGUUAGAUUUUGUUCAAAUGCGCCAAUACCUAUACCUUAGUGUUCAGGCUACACUGUCAGGUUCAAUAGACGUAUAUUUCACUUUAUCUGCAAGCAAACUUGAAUCCUCGAUCCUGAUUGGUCGAUCCAUGGCAACAAGCCGUGCUACAUAUAACCAUACCGCUCGGCCACGGUCCAUACCGCACUCCGCGUGUUGCGCUAUUCCAAGAUGCGCGCGCCAUUCCGUACAAACACGCAUGUGUAUAGGAUAAGCGCUGAAGUCUGUGUACAGCGUGCAUUUCAUCUUUAUUGUGCGUCAAGUUUGCUUGAAGAUAAAUUCGUUAUCGCGCUCGCGCUCGUGGAACACGGAAAAUGUAGU